GCUCGGGCAUGGUCGGGAGAGACCGGCCAAAGUAACUGAAGAACAAGCGCAACGCUGCGCGAGUCCUCUGAGUUCACAGCCUCUUAAGGAAGUGGUGAGCAAACUUGCGUAUCAAUGGCGGUAACUCCAGAAACGUCACGUGAAUACUGUCCAGUCAAAAUAAGUGUAUUUCAGAACGAGGAUUUCAUUGGUUGAAGUGAAAAGGCCUGUAACUUUUCGCCAAUGGCACAGGUUGCCUUUCGUGCCCAGCAAUGAUUAUAAAUAAAGUAGCUUUGGAUGUCUCAACUUAUACUCAAGGAAGAGCACAAGUAUUCUACGCGUUUUCUAGACACGGGAAGCAGGGCGGCAAGGCGCGCUCCUCCCAGGUUGGACUCCAGUUCCCCGUGGGCCGCGUGCACCGCCUGCUCCGCAAGGGCAACUACGCCGAGCGGGUCGGGGCCGGCGCGCCCGUCUACCUGGCGGCCGUGCUCGAGUACCUGACGGCCGAGAUCCUGGAGCUGGCGGGCAACGCGACGCGCGACAACAAGAAGACGCGCAUCAUCCCACGCCACCUGCAGCUGGCCAUCCGCAACGACGAGGAGCUCAACAAGCUACUGGGCAAGGUGACCAUCGCUCAGGGUGGGGUGCUGCCCAAGAAGACCGAGACCCACCAAAAGGCCAAGUAAGCAGCAAGUGUGGAAAUGAGUAAACAAAAGGCUCUUUUCAGAGCCACUUCUCCAGUUACUGAGAAGAAUGGUGGUAAAUAGAGAUGGACAACUUCCAGCUGAUGGAUUAAUGUUCUCCGCUCUCAGAGAGGGAGACCAUCCAAGAUGGUACAGGCUGCAGGCCCCGCCAAGCCUGGAUCCGCGCCUGGAGGUAAUAGAGGUCCGCGGGCCUGGAAGUGACAACAGCAGUGUCCCAACUACAGUCGAUCGAUCGACUGGGCUCCAGGGGUUCCAGGGGCGGUGGCCGCUGCUCUUGGCCCCAGAACCUUCCUGACUCCCGCGGAGGCAGCGAGAGGCGGCAGGAGCAGACUCGGGCCUGGGCGCUGGGCCGCAGCUCAGCAGGGAACAGCUCACGAGCUGGCGAACGUUCGGGGACAACCUGCUAACUCCUCUGCCUCUGCCGUGAACUAAAAGGGUUGCAUCGCUGGCCGCUGGGGAGCUUUGGAUGUGGUGGUUGGUACGGGGACCGGCCGCAGGAGUCUGACCUUGAGGACGCAGUGACCCGGUCUUGGUUACUUGGUCCCUUGCCUGGAAAGACUGGGAAGCAGCAGGGGUGGGACAUGGGUAGUCUGUGGUCUUCAGGGGAGAAAGACGCGUGCUGAGUGCCCUCCUGUGGCACGUGGAACGCAGCCGUGGGUCCAAGGCUUGUUGCCAUAGGUCAGGAUGGCGGGCAGAUGAGCAGGAGGAAGCUCGCGGUGCGGGAGUUGCUCUAAUCACCCUGGGAGCGCUUAACAAAAUGCACGGUAGCUCACGUCAUGAUCAGUGGACCAGGAGUUUUCAAAAAAUCUGUCUGAAGCUAAUAUUUUUUUUAUUUCUUGACGUUUUAGGGUUGCAUACAAAAAAUAAGUUGCAGGGUACGAUGCUGCGGGUCUCUGAGUUAUAAUGUAAAUAAAUGUAUAGCUCUUAUGAUA